GCCGGCCUGCAUCCCCCUCUUCGGCUCCGAUUCAAAACCGCUUUGCGGCGGAGCAGGGUUUUUCCGCUUCCCCGGGGCUGUGCGCUGCGGCGGAGCCCCGGCGCUUAGGAGGAAUCGGAGAUCUGGGGCAGCACCCUCCUCCCCACCCCCAGAGUUUGGGCUCCCGGGUUUUUGUUGGGGUGGGGGGUGGAGGAGAUGGACCCCGAAGGGCGAGAGAGCCGGGCUGCGCUCGGGCCCGCGGCGGCCGGGCAGGAAAGGGUUAAGGCGGCGCUCGCCCGCGGCGGCCAGCUGCUAGUGGGUCCGGUCCGCGGGCGCGGAACCGAGCGCUGAGCGCGCCUGGUGGAAUCCCGGCCGGAGUCGGGCGAUGGGGAGAGGGCCCGGACCCCUCCCCGCCCUGCGGCCGGCGGGAUUGGGCCGGCAGGGGGCCAGCCCGGAAGCCGGCUUCCUCCAGGCUCCCCCUCUCGCGGCUGCCGAGCCGCCUGCAGCCAGGGUGGCCGAGCGUUCGUUCUGCGCUCCCUGCGGAGGAGAUGUGAGGGCUUUUCUCUUGGGGGAGAAAUCGGUGGUCGAGCGCCUGUCCAAAUCACAUGCCACCCUGCUCAGAGGGAAGCCUCCACCCCAGGGAUCCCCGAAGGAGAGCAACGUCACACUUCCUGAGGACAGCCAGGAGGACUCUGGCUUCUGCUGAGCUUUGCAUCUUGGCUCCUUCCUUCCAAAGGCUCCAGACCCAAGCUCCACGUCCUCGAAUCCCGCUUGCCCCUGGCCAGGCGCUCCACAGCCCCUCCGGGCCAGCCCAGUUCUGGAGCUCACCUCCAGGACCUGGAGCCCGCCCUCCUGCCCAGAAUGACUCACCAUUAUUUCUCGCUCAAGUGAGGAGACGUGAUGGGCAGUCGGACUGCCGAUUUGUGUAUCUAGGAUUCCCACGGUAUCUGAUCAGCUCUUCGAGGAAGAGAGCUUCCGGUUCCUGCCUUGUCAGCCAAGGGAGGCUGUCUCUCUGGUCCUCAGAGAGCCCUCGGGGCUCUCCUGCAGGAAUCCAGGCCAAUGCUUCUGUGUUUCCUGGGGCCGUAAGCAGCACCCUGAGUUCCCUGCUGCCGGGCAGCUGGAAGGCAUAGUGUGAGGCCCUUCUCUCAGCCCCCAUUAUGACAGUGGCCACCGGAGAGCCAGCGGACGAGGCCGCCGCCCUCCCCGGGCACCCACAGGACACGUACGACCCCGAGGCCGACCACGAGUGCUGUGAGAGGGUGGUCAUCAACAUCUCGGGGCUGCGCUUUGAGACCCAGCUCAAGACCUUAGCCCAGUUUCCAGAGACCCUCUUAGGGGACCCAAAGAAGCGGAUGAGGUACUUUGACCCCCUCCGAAAUGAGUACUUUUUCGAUCGGAACCGGCCCAGCUUUGAUGCCAUUUUGUACUAUUACCAGUCGGGUGGCCGCUUGAGACGGCCCGUGAACGUGCCCUUGGACAUCUUCUCUGAAGAAAUUCGGUUUUAUGAGCUGGGAGAAGAAGCGAUGGAGAUGUUUCGGGAAGACGAAGGCUACAUCAAGGAGGAAGAGCGUCCUCUGCCCGAAAAUGAGUUUCAGAGGCAGGUGUGGCUUCUCUUUGAAUACCCAGAGAGCUCAGGGCCUGCUAGGAUUAUAGCUAUCGUAUCCGUCAUGGUCAUCCUGAUCUCCAUCGUCAGCUUCUGCCUGGAGACCCUGCCCAUCUUCCGGGAUGAGAACGAGGACAUGCAUGGGAGCGGGAUGACCUUCCACACUUACUCCAACAGCACCAUCGGGUACCAGCAGUCAACCUCCUUCACCGACCCUUUCUUCAUUGUCGAGACUCUUUGCAUCAUCUGGUUCUCGUUCGAAUUCUUGGUGCGGUUCUUUGCCUGCCCCAGCAAAGCCGGCUUCUUCACCAACAUCAUGAACAUCAUUGACAUUGUGGCCAUCAUCCCCUACUUCAUCACCCUGGGGACGGAGCUGGCCGAGAAGCCAGAGGACGCCCAGCAAGGCCAGCAGGCCAUGUCGCUGGCCAUCCUCCGUGUCAUCCGGUUGGUAAGAGUCUUUAGGAUUUUCAAGUUGUCUCGGCACUCCAAAGGUCUCCAGAUUCUAGGGCAGACCCUCAAAGCCAGCAUGAGAGAAUUGGGCCUCCUGAUAUUCUUCCUCUUCAUCGGGGUCAUCCUUUUCUCUAGUGCUGUCUAUUUUGCAGAGGCCGAUGAGCGAGAGUCCCAGUUCCCCAGCAUCCCGGAUGCCUUCUGGUGGGCAGUCGUCUCCAUGACAACUGUAGGCUAUGGAGACAUGGUUCCGACUACCAUUGGGGGAAAGAUCGUGGGGUCCCUCUGUGCAAUUGCAGGUGUGUUAACCAUUGCCUUACCGGUCCCCGUCAUAGUGUCCAACUUCAACUACUUCUACCACCGGGAGACAGAGGGAGAGGAGCAGGCUCAGUACCUGCAAGUGACAAGCUGUCCAAAGAUCCCCUCCUCCCCCGACCUGAAGAAAAGUAGAAGUGCCUCUACCAUUAGUAAGUCUGAUUACAUGGAGAUCCAGGAGGGGGUCAACAACAGUAACGAGGACUUUAGAGAGGAAAACUUGAAAACGGCCAACUGCACUUUGGCUAAUACAAACUAUGUGAAUAUUACCAAAAUGUUAACUGAUGUCUGAUUGAAACCUAUUAACACACCCGCAGCUCCAUGGAACUCCUGCAGAUACAGCAUAAAUAGCCUGCAUUGUAGUCAGUGUGUUCUACAGUGUACAUCUGGUUCUGCAUGGGAAGCAGUAGUCGUGCAAGUGACUUUCGAUCUUUUGAUUUUUGAUUUAGAACACAGAAUAUCUAUCCCUGGCUUUCAUGCAAAUAAAUCUUCAUCACUGGCCUAAGGGUUUCCAAACAGGGGAGUCCCCUAUGGAGCCAGAAUUUCAGAAAGACACACUGGGGCCACCUCAUAGUGGACACAUAACCCGCCCCAUCGGUGCCACCUUCCUUUCUGAAUUAAAUGCGCACACCCUCCCCUCCUCCCUGGGAGACGCACCCCACCCUCCCCAGCCUCUGGGGCCCCGAACCCCCUGGGCCCAUAGGAGCCCCACCUCCAGCUUCACAGAGGAAAACCAUGGUGGCUUAGCUUGAAAGCACGGGGAAUUAUUCAAAAGGUCAUUUCCCAUUUUUGCAUUGAGAAGAACACGCAGGCCUGCCGUAUUGGAAUUAGACUCUCUGUGUCACGGGCUGGGGUUUGUGAAUUGCACUUGCCAAGUUGAUGCUUCGGAGGCUUGUGUUUCAUAACGGAAAAUGCUGCAUUUGGUUUUUCUCUGCAGUGUGGCUGUGAGGGAACCCCAGGGGGAGGGACAGUCAGGAUGACUGAACAUGAGUGGUCGAGUUGCACGCUGGCUCUCAGGCCGCUGGGGAGAAGCUAACCAACCCAGGGACCUCUCGGCUUCGGAUCUCUCCAUUUUCGCAGGCUUCAGGGUCACAAAACGUCUGACUCCCGCGUGCCGCUGGAGUGUGCAGACAUAUGCUUUCCUUGCGCCGUGCCCGCGGUGCUGACCCCCGCAGUGCCAUUACCAGUAAUGAGCUAGAGCUGCAUGGGUGUUUGUUGCAUGCAUCUCGAUAUUUAAACCACAGGAGAUAACCUAUUUUCUUAGUAGCCUACACAGUAUUCAUAUCUAGAGUAUUAAGAUCCCUGGAGUGGCACUGAGCUAGGGGGUGUUUUGGUUGGUUUUGGUUUUCUCCACACACACCCCCGCCCCAAUCAGAAGACAAAAAGCCCUCAGUCAGGAGAAUAAAAAAGAGACUGUUUGGCAUGGGGAACCCCAACUUCCGGCUCCCCAGUCCACCCCAUCCCUGUUCUUCGACCUGGGGGCACAGACCUUUGCAAAGCCCAGAAGGGGGAGCAAGGGAAGCCGCUCUCUGAAACCUCACAUCACCGCACCUUACGACUGAACCUAGUUAUGGGGAUGACUCUCUAGCUGACCCAGGCAUCUGGGCCUGAGGACAGGCGGAUUUGAGGAUCCAGUGUAUAUAAGCAUAUAUUGAGUAUCUCUCUCACGAGUUCCUCUACCUAGCUCGCUAUAGAAGAAAUUGCAUUUGAACCUUGUAUAAGCUUAUGCAAUAUUUCUGACACAGGGCAACUUACGCAUGUGUUUGACUAUGUGCACUAGCGUAUGUAUGUAUAUGUACUACAUGCAUACAUACAUGUGUGUAUAUUAUAUACAUGCAUACAUACCUGUGUGUAUGUGUUAUAUACAUGCACACAUAUGCGUGUGUGUGUAUAUGUGCACACAUGCACACACUUAUAUAUAUAUAUAUAUAUAUAUAUAUACAUAUAUACAUAUAUAUAUAUAUUCAUUCUCUGGAGUUCAGGUUCGGGAGCAAAUCCACUGCUUGGUGGGUUGGUUGUCUGAGAGGCCUAAUGGGUUAACUUAUCUCAUCGAUAAACCCACUGGGACUGGGUUUGCUGCCAUCGCCUCAGACACUCCAGUCUUCAUGGAUUCCUAGAUGUUAGAAUUGUCUUUCUGCCCUCCACGUGCUGCAGCUUCAGUUCCCCGUGGCUGAAGCUUGUCUCACCCAGUGCACAAGGGCCUGUGGCCCCCACGGCUCCCGCUGCCCUGGGCCACACUCGCCCCAGGCUUCUCUACAGCCCAUCUUGUUAAUCAUCUCCUUUCUCAUCUUCACCCGCCCUCUUCAGGUUUUCUUGGGUUUUUCUUGUCGUCUGGCUCUGCAUCAGUCACUUUAACAGCCCUUUCCCUAAAGAGCCAGAAUGGAUCUCCUGCUUGGAACCAGGGACCCAGUGCCGCAGGUCUAGGCUUGAAGGGGGCUUCCUCGGGGCGGAAGCCUCGGAAGUCCUGGGCCAAGGGAUGAUGAUGCUAGGUGACCUACACGCAUCAUUUCCAUGGCCAGGCUCAAGCGCUUUCCCCAUGGCACUGGCCAACAGAGCUGCUUAAAGAAACCCAAGGCUGGACAGAAAAUCAUUCCCCGCCCUGGGACAGACUGAAAGGGAAUGAGUGCUGUGUCGCCUGUGGGUGGAGUUCAGGCUGGCCCUGGAAUGGGUUGAGGUGGUCACGCCGUCGCCUCCCAGACUGGGCUUUCGCUUCCCAAACACAGUGAGUUGUGUGCUUAGGCCACCCAGCCUUGGCUCCAGCCUGAGCCUUACCGUUGGCUGUCUAGCACCUACAGUUACCUUGGGGGGUGGGGCACCAGCUCAGGGUGCUAGGCCCAGGGUGCUCAUUAGUUCCUGGUCACCCACAUCCCCAGGGAUCUGCAGGACACCCCAUGCCCAGUGCGAAGCCUCUGUGCUUCUCUUCCUCUCCUUCGCGGGAGGUGGUGCUGAAUUUCCAAGACAUGGGGUGGGAAGGGCACAGACCUUGGGCAACAGAUGGUAAACCUAUACCCAAGGCCUGGGUCAGUGGGGAGAUCUCUUAUCCCUGUGGCUUUGACCUAGGACGAUAAAAUACCCACAGGUGCAGACACAAUACCUGCAUGCCCACUGCAAAAUAGAUACCCUGUUGUCCCACACAAAUACAAAACGAGCAAUGCAAAUGCACAGAGGCCAGUUAAUGAAAAGGGCAUGCACAGAUGAUACGUAACUACACUGGUGUCCAAAAUAUGCACAUUCAGCACGGACCGAGAAUAUACUUACCAAUACAGAACAGAUCACAGAAGACCUACACACACCACAUCCAAGGACACAACCACCACUCAGACGCAAAAUGAAUAAAAAAACCCACGAACGUGAUGGGUCUGUAUAUACAGUACAGCAAGGAUUCUUUACAUAGUUUCUGCCCACCGAAUACACACACACUCUGUUUAUACACACAAUGCAUUUACUCAUUGGAGGCACACAACCCAGCACACACACCCAAACAGAUACACACACAGUUCACAUGGAGUGUGAACUCAGAUCACACUCCGUUUAUUCACACAAUCCAUUCACUCAUUGGAGGCACACAACCCAGCACACACACCCAACAGAUACACACACAGUUCACAGGGAGUGUGAACUCAGAUCAAGCUCUCUGUCCCCACAGCUAUAAAUCAGUCAACUCUAAAAAAAGAUGAGAUUUCAUCACUUUUCCCCAGUCUGCAUCUGUACUCCCCCUAUAGCCUUCAAGAAGCCUCUUCUUCGACCCUCCUCUCUUUCUCCCAUGUUCAGAUUUCCCAGAGAGGUAACCCCUGAGGUUUAAAGCAAAAAGAUGGGCUACCGCUGUUGAACAGAUCUCUGAUUAAAACUGGGAAUCUCAUAGGACUUCUACUUACUCACUUUUCUCCCACCAGAAAUGCGGGUGUGGAAGGACCUGGGACAGCCCGCGCCCUAUUAACCCAUGCCUCCUUGCCAUGCCCUAGCCUUUGGAGCAAGCCCCCAUAGACAGCCCCCUAGCCCAGGCACCCCUUCUCCCAAACCCUGGGAUCUCCAGAUUCGGCUCCAUUCUCUUGAAAGCAGGGAUAGCUCAAGAAACUGUAGGGCCCUGAGCCCCAAAUCAGAGUGAAGAUGGCCCCAAUAUUCCAUCAGUCCUCAGACCUCACUGCCCUUACAUCCUCAAUGGCUUUGUCAAGGGCGAGUCAGAGACAGUCAAGACCAUAUGUAGACUCGUCUCUUCAAAUGAGCCACCUUUCCUUGCAUGGGACAUCUCACUUGCUCUUGGGCAUAAGCCCAGCGGGGUCAACUCCUGAGUCCCCUUUUUGGGGUCUCAAUCCCAGCAUGCCCGUCUUCUUUGCCGGGUCUCCAGCUGGAUGCCCUCCCUCCCAUCCAACUGCUGGGUCUUGAGGAAAUGCGCGCUAACUCAGCUUACGAGAAACGCAAUUAAGGAUGUGAACCUCGUGCCAUGCCCUCAAGCAACAAUUGUUUAGAAGUCCCGAUUUUUAUCCUAUAUUCUAAGGCUGGAUUUGAAUACUUUGUAAGAUUCCCCACUGUUUCGAAUGGCGCACAGAGCCGCUUCUUCCCACGGGUGGGACUAGCUGAGAGAGUUGGGCACUCACUGGCCAAGGCAUCCCCGCAGGAGGAAGUUGGGAAGUUAAGUCAGGCAUCAGCUCAGGCACUUCGGUCUUUACUCCUGUGGCCCUCCCAAACAUGUCCCUCCUGUCCAUGGCCACAGCUCCCCGUCCCCACGGAGGAAGCAACAGCAGCAGGGAAUGGACAUGUGGGGUCCAAUGUUCAUGUUCAGAGCAAGACGCCCGGCCUUCUAUGGGCUUCCAAGUCAAGGGAGCAAUUUACCCUUCAGCUUCAGCAGGUGUCUCCAUGAGCUCCAACUUCAGCAGGUGUCUCCAUGACCUCCAACUUUAGGAGGCUAAAGAGAAAGAAGUCCAGGAAAGGCAGGGAGAUGAUCAGGAAGAGAGGGGUCCAAUUGCAGUGUAAACUUUGCAGGAGCCGAAACCUAGUUGAGGACAGAAUGAAGGCUCUGUGUUUCUGUGGUGUCUGACACACUGUCUUCCCCUCUUCUUCCCUCUGUCCCUCGCAGCUGGGCUUCUGAGGAUGGCGUAGGCAUGUCACCCGGAGAGAAGGCUUUUGAAAGGAGCCCCCAGGGAGUGUGCCUCCACUCCAUUGUCUUGAUGUAGAAAGGACUCCAUGAGAGCUUUGUGGGCCUGAGUGCCCUUGUAGCUGCCCCAGGUGGGGAGGAUUGCAAGACUGGCUUGUCCUAUCUGCUGUCCCUGGAUCUCUCAUCCCAUCGUAGUGAAGACUUUGCCCAUCUUACUUCCUCAGAGUCAGUCUAAAAUACUAGUGCUAACCCAUGUUGAGAGAAGGCGGUGCCACCUGAAGAGCCUCUGGCUGGGGGGUUAGUGAGGCCCACAGCAGGGGAGGAAGGAGGUGGAGGCUGACUUUCCCCAAAGGAGACUCUAGGACAGUUUGCAAAUUGCAUGUGAGGGUGGCACCACAGCCCCCAAGGCAGGCAGGAGGAGCAUGGGCUUGGAGUGUUUUACCCAGGAGUCGGGAUGGUGAGCUCUGCUCCUGCUCUGGCUCUCCCGGGGGCCGUUAUCCCAACAGCCUCCACCUGGGUGAUGGCUGCCUGGUCCGAGAGGCUGGUCCACAUAGGCUGUAAUGCCUGGGCGGUCCUUGGCUACACAGCGGAGGUCCCCCAGCCUCAGCAGAGUGUCCAUUGCCAGGUUUGAAUGCACAACCUUAACCUCUAACAUCAUUAGCCACCUGAGCCAACUAGCAGGGUGCUGGAUGCUGGAGGUGUCCCUGUGGUUAGUGGGGCCAUCAUUGGUAGCUUCAGAGUCUGCCCUUGUUGAGACCAGCCCCAUUCCCUCGUCAAAGCCGCAAGCAGGGUUCGGUUGAGGGGAAGGGCCCUCUGCAAGCUGGGCUGGGUCUCUUCCUCAAACUCAUCCAGUUCACUUUUCCUUUCUUUCUGCUUCCCUUCCCACCAAAGCUCCGUUCCAUCUCUCCUAGUUUGUGUUUGAAUUUUUUUAACGAGGAAACGUGCAAUAAACUAAAUAGUGACUGUU